AUGUUAAGAGGCGUGAACACGCUGUCGCGGAUAUGUGCGACCGGCAUACGAACAGCCCAUAGCUCCGCUGCGCUGGACCAGAACACGCAACGCGCGCUCGCGCUCAUACGCGACCAGCCGUCACAAUACGUCGUGGCCUCCGUCGCCGGCCGAAAGUACCUCCUGAGCCCAAGAGACCUCCUCACAGUCCCCAGGCUAAAAGACGUCCGCGUCGGCGACAAACUCCGCCUUUCCGACAUCCAUGAGUUGGGCUCACGCGACUACACUCUGCGGGGGAACCCUGUCAUACCCGGAGGCGCCGUGAAUCUUGACGCGACCGUCGUGGAACACACGAAGGGCCAGAUGGAGGUCAUUGUCAAAUUCAAGAAGAGGAAGGGCUACCGGAAGACGGUCACUCAUAAGCAGACGUAUACGAGGUUGAGGAUCGGGGAUAUUGAGAUUCCAGCCAUUCAGCAGCCAUCACCAUAGUAUUACACAUGUUAGCUUCAUAUAAUGCACGCAUUCUAGACUUCGGUUUCAUCCGC